AUGUCUGCUGUCAAUCGUGGCCUGCGGACCGCAUCGAAGCAGCUUCGCGUCGCCCGUCUGUCACCCGCUUGCCUGUCCGUGGGCCGCUCGGCCUCCGUCGGCGCUGCCGCUCGUGUCUUUGCGACUCCAUCCUCAACAUCACGCAGCAACUUUUCCACCUCUGUAUCAAGAAAUUCUGGUGCGCCCGUCAUGGCUUCUCAACCACGCGAGUACGAUCCUGAGAUCAAGGACAUUGCCGACUAUGUCGCCAACAAGACCAUUGACUCUGACCUUGCUUUUGACACUGCUCGAUGGAUCCUCCUCGACACCCUUGGCUGCGGUCUUGAGGGUCUGAGAUUCAAGGAGUGCGCCAAGCUCCUUGGUCCUAUUGUCCCCGGUACUGUCGUUCCCAAUGGCACCAAGGUUCCCGGAACUCCUUUCGUCUUGGACCCCGUCAACGGUGCCUUCAACAUUGGUGCCAUGAUCCGAUGGCUCGACUUCAACGACUGCUGGCUGGCUGCUGAGUGGGGUCACCCCUCUGACAACUUGGGUGCCAUCUUGGCUGUUGCCGACUGGAUCAACCGCACCAACAAGGCUGGCGGUAACUUGGCUGGCGGCAAGAUCUUCACCGUCAAGGAUGUCCUCGAGGCCAUGAUCAAGGCCCACGAGAUCCAGGGCUGCCUGGCUCUGCUCAACUCGUACAAUAAGGUCGGUCUCGACCACGUCGUCCUCGUCAAGGUCGCUUCUACCGCCGUUGUCUCCAAGAUGCUCGGCCUCAAUGAGAAGCAGAUUGCCGACGCUGUCACCCAGGCUUGGGUUGAUGGCCAGUCUCUGCGAACCUACCGCCACUCCCCCAACACCAUGUCCCGAAAGUCUUGGGCUGCCGGCGAUGCUUGCCAGCGUGCCGUCAACCUGGCCCUCAAGGUCAUGAAGGGCGAGCAGGGUGUUCCCACCGUCCUGUCUGCUCCUACCUGGGGUUUCUACGACGUUCUCUUCAAGGGCAAGAAGUUUGAGUUCCAGCGUCCUUAUGGCAGCUAUGUCAUGGAGAACGUUCUGUUCAAGGUCUCCUACCCUGCCGAAUUCCACUCCCAGACCGCCGUCGAGGCCUCCGAGAAGAUCUUCCACCAGCUCAAGGCCAUGGGCAAGUCCGCCGCCGACAUCAAGGCCGUCACUUGCCGCACCCACGAAGCCUGCAUCCGCAUCAUCGACAAGCAGUUCAAGCCCAUGGACAACUUUGCCGACCGUGAUCACUGCAUCCAGUACAUGUGCUCCGUCAUGCUCGUCUUUGGCCGCCUCGAAGCCACCGACUACGUUGACGGCGGUGAAGCUGCUACCUCUGAGCUCGUCGAGUCUCUCCGCAAGAAGAUUAAGUGCGUCGAGGACCCCCAGUACACCCAGGACUACCAUGACCCUGCCCUGCGAACCAUCUCCAACGCCCUCACCGUCGAGCUCAACGACGGCACUAUCCUGGACGAAGUCGCCGUUGAGGCUCCUCUUGGCCACCGCCUCCGCCGUGACGAGGCCAAGCCCGUCAUUCUGUCCAAGUUCCAGCGCCACCUCGGCCCUCACCUGUCUGAGAGCCGUGUCAAGGAGCUUGUUGAGCUCAGCCAGAACAGCGGCAAGCUCGACAACAUGUCUGUUGAUGAGUAUGUUGACCUGUACACUGUCAAGGAGAGCAAGUUCUUGUAA